AUGGCGAUUGAUGGUGAAAAUGAAGGUGAUUCAAGGAGAAGUGUGGUGUUACCUCCAAAUCAAGAUCCUACCAGCAUCUACUAUAUUCAUCCAUCUGAUGCUAAUUCUGUUCAACUUGUUUCUUUCAAGUUUGAUGGUGAAGGCUUCACUGGCUGGAAAAGAUCUAUGUUGCUUGCACUAUCUGCUAAGAAUAAGAUAGGUUUUGUUGAUGGUAGCAUCAGCAAGCCAGAUAUUGGUACUGUUGAGUGUAGAGCUUGGGAAAGGUGCAAUGAUUUGGUUUGCUCUUUGAUUUUAGGAAAUCUGAGUGAGGUAAUUGCCAAGAGUGUAAUGUUCUUGAAAUCUGCCAGAGAUGUGUGGUUAGAUCUUGAAGAGAGGUUUGGAUUUGCAUCCAUGGCUCAGGUUUAUUCUUUAGAACAGAAGUUAGCAGAAUUGACUCAAGGAGAGAAGAGUGUGUCUGAAUUUUUCACUGAAAUCAAAACAAUUUGGGAUGCAAUUGAGGAAGCACAUCCUAUGCCUUACUGUACUUGCAACAACUGUACUUGCAAUGUGACCAAGAAGUUCUUUCAGAGACAUCAGGAGAAGAUGGUGAUGCAAUUUAUGAUGAAGCUAACUGAUCAAUUUGCCACAAUUCGAGGAAAUGUUCUAAUGGUGCCAAGUUUACCUAAAGUUUCUGAAGCUUACAGACUAUUUGCUCAAGAAGAAAGGCAUCAAGAAGUCUCUAAAGCUACUUAUUCUACUGAACCAAUUGCUUUUGUGGCUGAGAAGAGGAGGUUUGGUGGAGAUCAUUGGAACAACGGAAAUUACAAAGCACAAGACACUGGUUCUGCUUAUCAAAAAUAUGGAAACAACAAGUCUGGUUCUCCAUAUUUUUGCACUCAUUGCCAGAUUCCAGGUCACAGUAUUGAGAGAUGUUUCAAAGUUCAUGGUUAUCCACCUGGUUUUAAGCAUUUUAAAGGCAACAAUUUCAAUAAGACAGCAGCAAUGUCUUCUGGUGUUGAUACUGAAGCAGAAACCAAAGCUGAUCAACCUACAAUUUCAGUGGAGCAAUACAAUCAGCUGAUGAACAUGUUGACCAAGCAACAGAAGAGUUCUGAACCUAAUCAAUAA